CGGCUCUUAGUUUAUAUCUUCCCACAUUUCCCCCACUCUCACUUCUCCCCUUCCUUCUUCUCUCUAAAAACCUCUCUUUUCAACCAUGACCAAACUCUAGCAAAGCUGCAAAACAAAACCUUAUCAAGAAACAAGAGAGGAGAUCGAGAACAAAGGGAAGCAUAAAAUAUAUAGGAAAACCAGAAAAAAAUGUUGCUAGGAAAGAGGGCAAGGCCACCAAUCAAGAGAACAACAAGCAUGAAAGAAUUCACCUUAGACAUCAAUAUAAACGAUCCUUCUGUAACCGUUAUAAAUUAUCAACCCUUUGAUCCUCUCAACCCUUACAACUUCACUGGUCCCAUCCCACCGGCAUCCAACGGCCUAGAUCAACGCUUAAUCUUGACUCGCAGAAGAUCAGCUGAUAAUUUCGUUGAAACUGCACAUUUCCUUAGAGCUUGCUUCCUCUGUAAACGCCAGUUAAUCCCUGGUCGUGACAUCUACAUGUACAGAGGAGAUAGUGCUUUUUGCAGCCUAGACUGUAGAGAAAAGCAGAUGAAACAAGACGAAAGAAAAGAGAAAUUGCCGAAGGUUGCAACAAGGAAAAAAGUUACUAACUCAGCCGCCAUAGCCACCGUGGGAAGUGGAACAGGAUCCGACGCUCCACCUCAGGCCAGACCGUAAGCCGGCCGCCGUAUAGAUUCUUACUAGCUAUAAUCACGUUGUUGAAAUUCGAUAAUGAACAAAUAUUCCAGCUGAUGUUUAAGUACCCACUCUUACACAUACUUAUCAAACUAUAUAUGUAUAUAGAUGUGGGACUAAGAUGAUGACGAUGAAUGUAUAAAUAUUUCUCUUUGGUUUUGUUUGUGCUGUAAUCAUGGGUUAAUGGAUCGAAAAAAUGAAGUAUCAGUUUUUACUACUCCAA